AUGAAAAAAAUAGCGCAGAGAUGUUUUUCCCCCAUUGUGUACGCCCUACUAUUGUUAUAUCAGAAGGCAACGAAGAGCUCAUACGUAGACGUAACAGUACUAAACGAUAACCUUUUUGAUGACAUGAUAAAAACUGAGCUGUCCUUCAUGAGCAACCACUUAACAUUUAAUGACAAUAAUAAGUCCAACAGGAGGAAAAAACGAAAUGAUGGAGCAGUGGAUGACCUCGUUUUGCUAACAAGUAUGUUAUCUCAAAUUAUUCCAUCCAAUUUUUCAAUUUACUCAUUAGACAUUCCAAACCAAGUGGUAAGUAGCGCAAGCAACGAUGUUAAUAACUUCCUAGAUUUUAUAAAUUUAUACGACACAGAAAUUAACAACACAGUUACAAAUCAUUUGAAUCAAACACAACCGGUAAAAGGUUGUGAAGAUGACAUAAAAAAUAACAACUGUGGUAGCGAUGUGCUAACAUGUAUUACUUUAAAAAAGGAUAAAUUAUCUGAUACUUGUAAGAAAUCUUUAAGUAACUCCCUACUGUAUUCCUGCAUCGACGAUGUUGUUCUCUAUUGCGAAGACUAUUCAAAAUUUUCAAAGGUACACAAUUGCCUGAAAAAGAAUUUUUACCAGUUAAGUAAUAAGUGCCUAAACAUUUUAAGCUACUAUGAAAACAUAAUGCAUAAAUUGCAUAAAAUUAAGAAUAAGCCAUAUAACAACCAAGAGCAUUUGUUUUUGGAAAGAGAAAAGGAAGGUGUAACAGUCGGCAAUUCAAGCAACGGCAAUGAUCGUGAUAAUAACACCCUAGACGGAAAAUAUAACCGAAGCGCUAAUGACAGUCGAAAUGGGAAUAACGCGAAAUAUAACCUUUUAAACGAUAAUGGUGCUAAUCGUAAAUCUACCAUGGCUGAUAAUUUAAGAAAAGGAUAUGGUCAUUAUAUAUUCCCAUCCAUAGAUUACAAUUCUCUGAUCGAUUUGAAAUCCAGAAGUAUUGGAUAUAAAUCCUUUUUGUACUUUUGUGUUUGCCUCCUCAUUUUUUUCCUAUUGUACAUAUUAAUAAUCUGUAUCAAGAAAUAUUACGUUGCGGAUUCGAAUAACUUUUUUGUAAAAACUGAGAAGACCAAGCUGGCACAGUUGUGA